UGUAUACAACAGAGAAGAGAUCAACAACACUGAUUCAUAAUUAUGAUCAUGAAGCAACUCAGCCUCUAUCUCUUGAUGGUCGUAGUCAUCAGCUAUAGUGCAAGAGCACAGAAAACAGCAACACUGCCCACAACACGAGGCAGUGAACUAGGUCAUGAAACACCACCAAUAACAAUGCCAACAACAGAACUAACAGAUGCACCAACACUACCAGCAGCUACUGUUACCAGGAGUGAGCACUAUCACAUUGUGCCAGUGGAUUCAACCGAUUUGUGUCAUGACUAUCGAAAUGGAACUUGUUUUACUCUCGAGCAGCUUGCUCAAACAGACCUGUUAUCUGGUGGAGACAAUCUCACCUUGAGCUUUCUACCUGGAGAUCAUGUGCUAACUGAGCAGCUAUUUAUUCGUAACUUCUCACAUGCGCAUAUUACCGGCCGAAACACAAGUACAACUGUAGUCAGAUUUAACAGCAAUGGUGAGAUAUGUUUUGUUAGUACUACUGAAUUAUAUAUUGAACACUUGGGUUUCGUUGGAGCGAAGGUUGCACCACAAAACUCAUAUCAAGGUUUGAUCAUUGACGGUGCCCACAAUGUCUAUAUCAAUCACUGUACCUUUAUGGACUUUGAAUUACUCAAUCCGGCAGAGACCCUACCAGUAGUGAAGAUUACUAAUACUCAAACUGCAACGAUUGAGAGCACUCUCUUUGUGAAUACGAACAACACUGGUCGGGCACUGCACAUUGAGGCUGAUGAUGUGUACAUAACAAAUAGCAAAUUCAGUAGAAAUGAUGGAGGUGCAGUUGACAUUCAAUCACACAACGCAUUGAUCAAAAACACGGAGUUCAACUACAACAGUGCUGUGACUGGAGGAGCAGUUAGAGUGGUAUCUGGUACUGUAGUGAUCUUUUGGUGUAACUUCACAAAUAACAAAGCUGUUCGAUUAGGUGGAGCGAUUUGUAUUGAAUCAGGCAGUAAUGUGUCUUUUUGCAACAGUGAGCUGACAAACAACAAUGCUGAUGGUGGUGGAGCGAUUUUUGUUUACUCAGGUAGUAGUGUGUCUAUCUCCAACAGCACACUGUCAAACAACAAUGCUAGUACUGGUGGUGGAGGAGCAAUUUUUGUUUACUCAGGUAAUAGUGUGUCCAUCUCCAACAGCACACUGGAAAACAACAAUGCUGGUGCUGGUGGAACAAUUUUUGUUUACGCAGGUAGUAGUUUGUCCAUAUCCAACAGCACACUGACAAACAACAGAGCUGGCGAGGGUGGAGCAAUUUAUGUUUACCCAUUUAGUAUACCCAUUUCCAACAGCGGGGCGAUUGGUGUUCAAUUGGCCAAUGUAUCCAUCUCCAACAGCACACUUUCAAAUAACAGAGCUUCAAGAGGUGGAGCGAUUCAAAUUACCGGAUCAGGUAGCUUGAAUAAUUCAGCCAGUGUGUCCAUCUCCGGCAGCAUACUGACAAACAACAGAGCUAAAUUUGAUGGUGGAGCGAUUAGUGUUAACUCAGGCAAUAUGUACAUCUCCAACAGCACACUGUCAAAUAAUAGUGCUUCAACGGGUGGAGCGAUUAGAGUUUCCACAAGUAGUGCGUCCAUCUCCAACAGUGAGCUGACAAAUAACAUUGCUGACUAUGGUAGAGCAACUAGUGCAGCUGUUGACUUAGACGAUAGUGUGAUCAGUACGCAUACAAACAACAGAGGUAAUAAAGGUGGAGUAAUUGAAGUUUUACAAACAGCCACCUUGAUCAUCAACAACACUAACAUUACUAAUAACAAUGCCAUGGUCAGUUUUAACAUUUUGCAGUCUCAUGUGAAAUUCACUGGAUCGAAUAUUGUCAGCAAUAACAAUGGCCCUGUCUAUGCUUUCAUUAGUCGAGUUGAGUUUAAUGGACCUACAACACUUAGUAACAAUCAUGGUGUGUUUGGUGGAGCUAUCAGCAUUAUCCAGAGUCAAAUGUACAUUAACACAAAAGGAGUGGUCAUCACCAACAACAUGGCUACCUACGGAGGAGGGAUAUUUCUGAGAGAGAGUACACUCUUUGUAAAUGAAUCACUAAAAAUCGAUCACAACACAGCACACCAGGAUGGUGGAGGAAUCUAUGCAUAUUCUAGCAGAGUUGAGUUCCAAUCUGUGCUAAUGCAGGAUCCAGAUGGUAGACCGAUUCCUCCAAAUAAACCAAGUGAGAUUGAUGACAACAUUGCUACGAAUGGUGGAGGUAUUUAUGCAAUUGCUACAACCAUUACACUUACUCAAUCAUACGUCACCAUUGACACAAAUACAGCAACUGCUAAAGGUGGUGGAGUGUAUCUAGAGCACAGUUCGAAACUGUACCUAUUUAAACUAGACCCUGAAAGUUUACCGAUCAUGCCUCAGCAUCAAUUGUAUAAUGUCAAGUUACUGAUUAACAACAACUCGGCUCAGUACGGAGGGGGGAUAUUUGUGGCAGAUGACACUGAGAGUAGUACUUGUAGAGGAGGGGCCACCACCACUAAUGAUACUCAGACUAUUCUUGCUGACUGCUUCAUUCAAACAAUUCAACUGUACGAGUACAGCUUUAAUCUAAACUAUUUCAACACAUUCAUGACUAAAAACACAGCUAUCAUCCAGCCAGGAGCAGAUAUCUAUGGAGGUCUGUUGGACAGGUGUACAGCAAGUCAAAAUGCUGAAUAUGACAAUUCUGCAAAUGCAUUGGAAUACAUAAACAACACCAUAAAGUCCUCCACCAAAUUAUCGAUCUCUUCUUGGCCUGUUCAAAUACAUUUUUGCAGUGAUGACUAUAUUUCUACAAAAAAGGGACACACAUUUAAAAUCAGUGUUAUGGCUGUUGACCAAGUUGGAAAUGCAAUGAGUGCCACAAUUCACAGUUCUGUUGUCAGUAAGAGUGGUGUUGGUCGUCUCAAAGAAGGACAGACAGAACAGGAAGUUGGCAAUCAGUGCACAGAAUUAAAGUACAAUGUAUUCUCGCAAGACAGCUCUGCUCAAGUGGCACUCUAUGCCGAGGGUCCAUGCAACAAUUCGGGAAUUUCAAGAAAACUUAUUAAUAUUUCUUUUGAACUCUGCACAUGCCCUAUUGGACUCAAGCCAAUUCAGUCCGAUAUUGAGUGCCGGUGUGACUGUGAUCCAGACUUGCUACCAUAUCAGAUAAAAAAGUGCUCUAAGAAAAAUGGGACUAUUAAACUCGAAAAUAAUAACAACAUAUGGAUAGAAUUCAUAAAUACUACCAACGGAACAGGAUAUGUUAUUAGCAACUGUACAUUUGACUAUUGUGUAGAAAGGCCCGUCACCAUCAGUCUGAGCAGUCCUGACGAACAGUGUGCCUACAAUCGAAGUGGUGUCUUAUGUGGAGAAUGUGAACCAGGACUCAGUCUUGUGUUGGCUACGUCAAGAUGUAAAGAAUGCUCUGAUCUUUACCUUCUUCUACUAAUACCAUUUGCGCUGGCUGGUAUAUUGCUAGUUGCUUUACUUUUUGUGCUGAACAUUACUGUAGCAACUGGAAAGAUUCAUGGCCUCAUCUUCUAUGCUAACAUACUAGCAGCUAAUAGGUCAAUUUUCUUACCUAAUUUAAGCAAUUUUUUAACAGUUUUCGUAUCAUGGGUGAAUCUUGACUUGGGUAUUGAGACAUGCUUUUACAAUGGAAUGAGCUCUCAAUCGAAAGUGCUCCUUCAACUUGUCUUUCCAGCUUACAUGUUUCUUCUGAUGUUGUUAAUAAUACUUUUGAGCAAGUACUGUGACUCAUUUGCAAAGCUCCUCUCCAACAGGAACCCAGUUGCUGCCCUAGGCACACUUGUCCUACUCUCUUAUUCCAAACUCUUACAGUUUAUCAUUGCUGCACUACAAAACAGGGUCUUGGAUUAUCCUGAUGGUUCAACCAACAGUGUUUGGUUGUAUGAUGGCAAUGUGCAAUACUUCACUACCAAACACAUCCCUCGGUUUGUUGCUGCUGCCAUAAUCCUCAUUGUGGGUGGAUUGUUCACUAUACUGCUCAUUUUUGGACAAUGGUUUCCGCACUGUUCAAAAGUUAUGAAAUGGACCAAGAACACAAAGUACAUUGGCUUCAUGGAUACAUACCAUGCUCCAUUCACUCCCAAGCAUCGCUACUGGGUGGGACUGCUCCUCUUUGCUCUGAUCCUCCAUAAUCUAGUAGUUUCCAUGACUUCAAACACGUCUUUCGCUAUACUAUCAUCUGGGGUUCUAUCAGUUGGACUGAUUGUUUGGAAACUAUUGAAUAAUCGUUUGUAUAACAACACAAUCUGUGGUUCCCUUGAAACUCUCUAUCUACUCAAUGUUGCUAUUCUAUCAAAUGGCGCCUUCAUUGUCAAAGAUACCACGAAAGAUCAGUCAACACUAGCCAAUACAUCGAUGGCUAUAUCAUUCACUCUAUUUGUAAUAACACUCUGCUAUCAUUUUCACCAAUUCGUACUCAAGAAGAGUAACACAUGGCUGAGGAUAGAGGACAUCUUAAGCAACUUAAGAGCUAGUGUUGCAGACAUGAAACUCCGACGAGCCAACAAUAUUCGAGAAAUGUAUCAUCCGGUAGUCAAUGAAAGUGAUAUAGUAGAUGAUUAUGAACAAAGAGACCCAGUGGACCCACCUUACCCUGAUGGAGUCAUGGAAGAAGCUGACCCUGAUCGUUACAUCACUCCUCCCAUCAUCAGACCAGCCACGAGGCCGGACCAGCUGAGACUCUCCUACAUGGAUGAGCUAGCCCCCGUCACCACAGAGGACUACAGACCUGCCCCUCCCCCUACAAGAGUCAACCAUUGUCCUGUUGUUUCAUGCACACAAAUCGGCCACAUACGUAAUGAAGUGUGAACUGUGUUAUUUAGAUAUAUAAUAGUUUGACACUGUUUAGGAAGUUUCUAGAAGCCCAAAGGGCUGGUUGUAGUAUCCCGAACGUAGUGAGAGUUCUACUAGCCCUGAGGGCUUCUAUAAAUCAAGUGGCUAAACAGUGUCUAUAGAUCAUAGCAACCAUGAGUAUCUAGCCAUUGAAUGUUCUUAUCUAAUUUUUGAUACAUGAUUUUCUAAGUUGGAUAGAACACUUCCUUUAGCCAAUCAGAUUGCAGUAUAUAUGGCAAGCAUGAUCUAAGUAUAAUUAUGGUAUACUUUGUAUAGACAAUUCCUAAUUGCAUGUAGUUUUAUUGUUUGUUUUUACCGUCGA